UUUAGCUGGACUCGUGCCACAACUGACAAGUGAACGAGUAUGUCACAACUGGUAGAGACUGGGUCUAGGAUUGUUGCUGUAUACAAAGCAAACACAUUCACAGCGAAGAAAUAUGGAAGCAGCCGCUAAGGCGUAUGAUGAGCUGUCCAAACCACAACUUCAAGCCGGUCAGGAAUUUAUUCGCGAAUUGAACCUUUCCAAGGGAGACAAAGUCCUUGAUAUGGGCUGUGGAACAGGGGCCCUUGCUAAAUACAUGGCUGAUAUCGUUGGUCCUGACGGCGAGGUUGUAGGAGUUGAUCCUGAUGCUGCGAGAAUCGAAAUCGCAGUUGAUAAAUAUAAAGCGAGCACUAAUCUACAUUUUCAUGUCAGUGAUAGUGUUGCUGGGUUUCCACACGAUGAUCAACCGUAUUACGAUGCUCAUGUCAGCGUGUUUGGAUUCCAUUGGGUGCCCAAUGAGCAGAGACAGAAGCAUAUUUACAUAGAAAAGGCGCACCGAUGUUUAAAGUCUGGCGGAAAGCUUGCUAUCUGGUGUGGCGUGAAGCCGAAGGAGGCCAUGAGCGAUGAUUUAAGGCCGAAGAAUGUUAACCAUUUGCAUCCUUUAACCCAAGAAGAAUAUCGUGAUUUGUUUAAAGCGGUUGGCUUAUUCAACGAUGCUGUAGUCGACAACAUCGUCGUGCCUUUUCGAUUCCAAUCAUUUGAGGAGUUCAAGCGAUGGCAACGAUUUAUGCAUGCCGCUUUGGAAAAAGAUUUUUCCAUAAAUGAUCUCACGAAUCCCAAGCCAAAACGCAUAAUGCGAUGUAUCAGUGCUAUAAUAAACUUCGAGAAAUUUAAAGACAGCCAAGCAAACUAUUUUGACACCGUGGUGGAAGAAAAGGAGAUACUGCAUAACCAAAGAUCUGAACUCUUGAGAAGAAACCAAGAACUCAAGGAGAAAAUUGCAAAAAUCAGGGCAGCAAGAUGCGAAGAGGAAGAAAAGAUACAACAGAACCUUGCAGUAGCUGACAAUUUAGAGAGAGCCGUGAACGAGUUAAACAGACAACAGGCAUCUGAUUUUAAACAAACCCAACAACUCAAAACCGAGAUAGCUGAACAGACUUCCAAAGAGGCUGAACUGAAGGUAAUCAUCGCAAAAAACCGUGAAGAAUGUGAAAAACUCAAAGCACAGAUUGUCACCUCUCCUGAAAAGUUUCGUGGGGAACUAAGUCGAAUGAAUGCUGCAAUAAAUGCUUGUAAGGAUUCAAUUGCAGAGAAAAAUAAAAAGUUAUUGGAAAAGGAGAACCAAGAGGAAUCCAUCGCGUUACUUGAAGAUAACUGCGCCCAAGCUUUCAGACUGAUCUCGUCCUUGGAGGAUGAAACCGAAAAACUGCGGAAUCUUCAACACAAGUUGCAGGACCUACAUGAUGUCGUCACCGCUGAUAACGAGGCACUUGUCCAAAAGGAUUAUCAUUAUAAGAACGCUAAACGUCAACUCACCUCUCAGAACGAGAAGUUGAGUCGGUUAGAGCGCACAAAUGAGAAACGAUUCUCAGCAAAGAACGAUGAUCGUGAACACAGGAAAAAAAAUGUCGAAUCCUUAGAACAGAGUCAAAAACAUUGUCAAGCAGAAAUUUCCGAAAUUAUGACGGAAUUUCAAGAAGUUGUAAAAAAGUUAAAUGAAUUGGAAGAUUCCCACAACAAUGAAAUGAAUACCAUGCAAGAUGCAUAUCAACAGCUGAUUUCAUCGAUCAAUAAUUAUCACGGUAUGCUUGAGGAAGGAUGCAAAGAUCUCCUGUCUUCCAUGUAGGAUUGAUCUAAAACUGCACGUUCAAUCGUCGUCUGCAGUUUGGUUAAGACGUCUAUAUUCUGUUAAAUCUUACAAAUAUAUUAUUGUGAUUAUUGCAUUUAUUUCCAUAAUAUUACCUCAUAUUGAUUUAAAGAAAAAUGCACACUCAUGCAGGAGACAUGUCAGCUCGUGCGCUAAUACAUAUACUCCGUGUUUAUUUUCGUGCAAUGAAAUACCUUAAAUAUUUUGUUUAAGUCUAAAAUGCGAGCGCCCAUGGUUUAGGGUAGUUUUAUGGCUGGGUCCACUCACAUAUAGGGCCUAAGCGUAUAAUGUAGCUAAAGUGUAGUUUCGCCAUAAAUUAAGACACUGUUUGGCAGUAAAUAACAGCCAGGGUCGAAUAGUGUUAUUGGAAAUCAAUAUAUAACACAGGUCACGAAUACAUUUUUGGACUCCUAUUUGUCAAGUUGGCUAUA